AUGAGAUUUAUUGGAACAUUCGCACUUGCUGCACUGGUUGCUGCCAGCCCUGUCGCCUUCCCUGUAGCGGAAGAGAACAUGGCAAACGUCAACGAGCGAUUCAUUUUCAAGGACAAGGACAAGGAUAGAGAUGCUUGCUCCACCACUACUGUUGUCAAGACCGUCUUGAACACCAAGACUGUUACUAAAACAGAUAUCAAGUAUGUUUUUGGCAAAGAGACUUCCACAGUCACUGCCACCGUUACCAAGCCUGCCCCUCCUGCCCUGACUACCACCGUGACCGAGGUCACCAAGAUCCAUCUUGAUCCGUCUACCGUUACUAACACUGUCACUCCCCUGGCGUCCACUACCACGGUGACCAAGAAUAUUCCUGAGUACAAGUACUCCACUACCACUCUGACCGCAUGGAAGGGCACUACCACGUCCUACUCCACCAUCGUGAAGGAUGCAGCUCCCUCCACUACGACUGUGACUGAGAUUACGAAGAUCCAUGUGGAUCCUUCCACCACCGCUACUGUCACAGCAUUCAAGGGCACCACCACCUUCACGGCUUUUGAGGGCACCACUACCCAUACCGUGGAGGGUAAGCCAGUAACCACCACCGCUACUGUCACAGCCUUCAAGGGAACCACCACAGUCACCAAGGACAAGGACGUUAGCCCUUCCACCACCACCGUCACGGCCUUCAAGGGAACCACCACCGUGACAGCCUUCAAGGGAACCACCACCACUACUUUCACCUCUAUCAAGGAUGCUGGCCACCCUUUGACCACCACUGUGACUAAGACAAUCAAGACCCACGGCGAUCCCUCCAUCAGUACUUACACUACCACCUACACCAAGCCUGCGGCUCCGGCGUCAGUCACCACCACCACACACUUUGCUCCAGCCUCCACUACCACCGUGACAGAGAUCUCAAAGAUCCAUAAGGGUGCCUCUACCACUACCUACACCACCACGUACACCCAGUCCGCAGUGGCUCUUCCUGCCCUGACCACCACCUUCACUGAGUCUGCCUCGACCGUGACAGCUUACGUGCCCAAGUACAGCACUGUGUUCAAGUGCACAGACAAGGACGGCAAGGACGACCAUGACAGAAAGGACGGCAAGGGCAAGGGCAAAGGCGGCAAGAACGACAACAAACAGUAA